UGCCGCGUCUCCCCCCCCCCCCACUUGCGUUGCUUGUCUCAUCCUCUCUUCGUUCUCUCGUGUUCCCUUUUGUAGCUUUAUUUGUAGCUUUGUUCUCUUCGACUUGAUCUAGGAUCGCGUUGUGUCUUGUUCCUCCCUCACUUGCUGCAGUUGCACCGGCGCUUGAAUCGUGUCACCGGCGGUACUGCAUCAACACCGCGCCACAGCUUCAUUUCACUGCUGUUGCAAACCAAUUCGUUUUGAGUUGCGAGAUCGCUCGCCUGCCUGCCUGCCUGCCUGCCUGCCUGAAUAUCUGUCAGCCAGUUGCACACAACACACACAAUGGCUCGCCUCUGGCGCAGACGAACAGCCCCGCUUGCCCUGGGCAUCGGGCUACUUGGCACACUUCAAGUACGACGCAUGAUUCGAAACGAGGAGAUUGAACAGCCAAACCCACUCAGCCCCCAAACAGUUGAUUUGAUUCUGAAGCUGCCGGCUCGCGUGCUCUCGAGAGCAUGGGGCGCCGUCAACGAGGUUGAAUUGCCAACGUGGACACGAGCACCACUGCUUGGCGUGUAUGCGCGCGCAUUUGACUGCAAUAUGGAGGAGGCGGAGCAGCAAGACCUUGCCCAAUACCGCUGUCUGCAAGAUUUCUUUGGCCGGUACUUGAAGCGUGGCGCACGCCCCAUCGCACCAGCGCUUGUGAACAGCCCGGCAGACUGCAAAGUGCUCUCGUAUGGACAGAUUGAUAGCGACGGCGUCGUUGAUCAAGUGAAGGGCCUGUCGUAUCGUGUCGAUAAGCUCCUUGGCGGGCUGCUGUCUGUUGCCCCUGUUGCUGCGCGGGCGGUGCGCAAUCUGUUUGCCCUCAACGAGCGCGUUGUUCUUCGCGGCGACUGGGACCACGGCCACUUCUUCUACUGCGCUGUUGGCGCUUACAACGUCGGAUCCAUCCGCGUGCAUGCAAACAAGGCUGUGGAAACAAACCUUGCUGACAUCCCCGCCUCCGCGCAGCCCCGUGAAUUCCCCAGCAUGACCAAGCGGUUCCAGAAAGGCGAGGAGGUUGGCGCGUUCCGCCUAGGCUCGACUGUCGUCCUCGUCUUUGAAGCACCGGAGGACUUUCACUUCCGCGUCCGGCCUGGACAGAAGCUGCGGGUCGGCGACCAGAUUGGCUAAUGGCGUGUAUUCUGUGCGACAACGACCUUUGGCGCUGUGGACAAUGUGUGACAUGAACGGACGCGCGGCCGACCUCGUCUGUGGUUGUUGUGGGCCUGUUGUUGUUG